CACACUGGGUUGGCGGCUCGCGUCGGAACAAUGGAGAACAGUCCCCUGCAGGUGCUGACCGUCCCCACGGCCCCCUACCCGGACCAGAGGCCCGGCGUGGGCGGCCUGCGGAAGAAGGUGUACGUGUUCCAGUCCAGGAGACACUAUCUGCACAACUUCAUCCAGAGUAUCUUCUCCUCCAUCGACCUGCGCGACCGCCAGGGCUCCACCGUGGUGGUGGGGGGGGACGGGCGCUUCUUCAACCGAGCGGCCGCCGAGGUGGUGGUGCAGAUGGCAGCUGCCAACGGGGUGAGGGCCGCGGCCGGGCGUGGAGCUGCCUGCGUUUUGUGGGUUGGCCGUCUGAUCAUCGGACACUGUGGGAUACUGUCCACGCCGGCCGUCUCCUGCGUGAUCAGGAAGUACAAAGCCAUCGGUGGCUUCAUCCUCACUGCCAGCCACAACCCCGGUGGGCCCGAGGGAGACUUUGGCAUUAAGUUUAACACGGCAAACGGAGGCCCAGCCAACGAGGCGGUCAACGACAAGAUCUUUCAGAUCAGCAGAACCAUCGAGGAGUUCGCCAUCUGCCCCGAACUGAGAGUGGAUCUGAAAACUCUGGGGAAACAGACCUUCGAUCUGGAGAACAAGUUCAAACCCUUCACAGUGGAAAUUGUGGACUCGGUGGAGUCUUACGCCAACCUGAUGAGGAACAUCUUUGACUUUGCUGCACUGAAGGAGCUUCUGUCUGGUGAGAACCACAUCAAGAUAAGACUAGAUGCCAUGCACGGAGUGGCUGGACCAUACGUGAAGCGAAUACUCUGUGAGGAGUUGGGUUGUCCUGCCAAUUCGGCCAUUAACUGCGUCCCCAUGGAAGACUUUGGGGGUCAGAAUCCAGACCCUAACCCCACCUAUGCUUCAGAACUGGUUGACACCAUGAGAGAUGGACAGUAUGAUUUCGGGGCAGCGUUUGAUGCAGAUGGGGACCGGUACAUGAUCCUGGGUGAAAACGGCUUCUUCGUUACGCCGUCAGACUCCUUGGCUGUGAUAGCUGACAACAUCUUCUGCAUCCCAUACUUUCAGCACACGGGUGUGAGGGGAUACGCCCGCAGCAUGCCCACGAGCGCAGCAAUAGACAGAGUAGCCAAAGCAACUAAAAUAGAGGUUUAUGAAACUCCAACUGGGUGGAAGUUCUUUGGUAACCUCAUGGAUGCAGGCAUGCUGUCUUUAUGUGGGGAAGAAUGCUUUGGUACAGGUGGAGACCACAUACGUGAGAAGGAUGGGCUGUGGGCCAUGCUGGCAUGGCUGUCCAUCCUUGCCACCAGAAGGCAGAGCGUGGAAGAUAUUCUGAAGGGCCACUGGCUGAAAUAUGGGAGAAACUACUUUACCAGGUACGACUACGAGGGCGUAGACAUAGAUGCGGCCUGUGACAUGAUGGAGGAUUUGGAGGUAAUGAUCACGGACAAGUCCUUUGUGAAGCAGAGAUUUGCGGUGGAGGACAAAAUCUACCAAGUCGAUAAAGCAGACAACUUUGAGUACACGGACCCUGUGGACAGCAGCAUCACCAGGAACCAGGGACUGCGGAUUAUCUUCUCUGAUGGCUCUCGAAUUAUCUACAGAAUCAGUGGGACGAGCACUCGCGGAGCCACAGUCCGGAUCUACAUUGACAGCUAUGAGAAGGAACUCAUUCUUGAGAACACGCAGGUGAUGCUGGCACCCCUUGCUACCAUUGCUCUAAAGAUUUCUCAGCUUCAUCAGAGGACAGGUCGGAGUGGCCCAUCCAUCAUUACAUGAUUCCCUACACAUCCCCGCAGCAUCCCUUACAUAAUGUCUCUUUUUUAAAAAUGUAUUCUUCUUUUUUAUAUAUAUAUAUACAUCUAAACAGAGCAGCAUAUGUUAGAGUGGCUGCAUUUCGUGCAACAGAGUGAAUUUAACUGAAUGAAAUGGAAUCUGUAACUCAUUAAACUGUGUUGGUUUUGCUUCA